AUGAUCGAAGACUUUGGCGAUGUGACGGUAGUGGUCACGGAUUCGCUUUUAUUAUUAUUUUUUGAUCCACUACGACGACGAUCUCCGUCAUUACUUGAAAGUGACAAUGUCAAAGGUCUUAACCCACGAUUUGAUAGUGCUUUUCGCCGUCUUUUACAAACCAAAAUUAUGAUGGUUAACAUACCAAUCAUUAGAACAAAAACAGUAAUUCCUAUAAUGGUUUUUGCAAACGGUGUAUCCAUUGUUGAACCACUAUUAUUAACACUAGUAGAAUUGGUGGUGGCAGUAGUAGUUGAAAUUAAAGCUGUGCUACUAGCUGAUGUAGCAUCAGUUGCAGCUACAGUAACCGUUAGAUUCGUUAAAUCUGCUUCUUUUAUUUUCAAUAAUGAAUCCAAAGAUCCUAGAUUUAUAAAUUCAAAAUUUCCUUGUCUCCGUCCCACUCCACUUGAACCUCAUUAUAACAAAUCUCUUAUUGAGGCACUAAAAGUUUUAAGAAAAUCAAGAGAACUUAGUGGUAAUGUUAAAAGUGAAUCAAGUUAUCGUGAUGCAAUAGCAGCUUUAAAAUCAUAUCCACGUGAUAUAAAAAGCGGUAAAGAAGCUAUAAAAAUUGCAUGUAUUGGUGAUAAAAUAGGACAUCAUAUUCAAACAUUUCUUGAAACUGAUAAUAUUCCCGAGGUUGAGGAGACAUUAAAGGAUCCAAAAUUUCAAACAUUGUACAUAGAAGAAAUUAUUGAAAUUUUAGAUAAAGAAAUUAAAGAAAUCGACCCGUUAUACCUUUUAAUACCUGUUGGUGGUUAUCGUAGAGGUAAAGAAAUUAAUGGGGAUUUAGAUUUGCUUGUGUCGUACCCAGAAGGAAAUAUGGAUCCGCAUUCAUUAAGUAAAAUUAUGAGUAAACUUGAUGAUAAAGGUUUAUGUUUUUUUGCAUUUUGGCAACAAAGUAAAAAUAUUUAUCGUCAAGUUGAUAUUGUUAUUGCACCUAAAAGUUCUGCAGUUUUUGAAAAAUCCUUUAGAGAGUAUACAAAGAAGGUAAAAAAAAUGAGAAUUACAUCUCAUGGUCUUUUUACAGAUACUUCACCACGUCAACGUAUCAAUGUUUCAAACGAGAAAGAAAUAUUUGAAAUUUUGGAAGUUCCUUGGCUAGAACCUGAAAUGAGAAAUUGCUAA